AUGGAACAUAAAAAUGUUAAUAAACUUAUGAUUCUUAUUGAAGAAAAGUUAACUAAACUUAGUCAUGAUGAUACUUCCAAAAAUGAUAUGGAUAUUUUUAAAAAUUUAUACUAUCAAUUUUUAACAGAACCAGCCUUAGUUAAUUGGGAUAAGAUAAAAAAUAUUAAAGAUGAAAUUAAGAUAGACUACGACUCCUUAACAGAUGCUAAAUGUUUGACGGAAGUUAAAGAAAUUUUAUCAAAAAUAGCAGUUAUAAAAUUAAACGGAGGUCUUGGGACAACAAUGGGAUGUAAAGGGCCAAAAAGUUUAAUCCCUGUUAAAGAAGGGAAAACAUUUCUUGAGAUUGCCGUAUUACAAAAUAAGGCAUUAAAUGCUAGAUACGGAAAAAAAGAAAUUGAAAAUUUUAAACAAGUUAUGAAAGAUAAAAUAGAUUUUAAAGUUUUUAAUCAAUCAAAAUGUCCUAGAAUAUAUGAGGACACAUUAAUGCCAGUUCCAGAAAGCUUUGAUGAUUACAAUGAAGAAGCCUGGUAUCCACCAGGACAUGGAAAUAUUUUACAUAGUUUAGUAAAUACAGGAAUUUUAGAUAAUUUGUUAAAAGAAGGAAAGGAAAUUGCAUUUAUUUCAAAUAUUGAUAAUACAGGAGCAUAUGUUGAUAUCAAAAUUGCUAAGACUAUGGUUGAUGGAAAAGCUGAUUAUAUAAUGGAAGUAACAGAUAAAACAUCUUUAGAUACCAAAGGUGGAACAUUAAUUGAAAUUGAUGGAAAAAUAAUGCAUUUAGAGAUGCCACAGGUUCCCAAGAAUCAUAUUGAUGAUUUUUGUUCACUUAAUAAAUUUAAAAUUUUUAAUACAAAUAAUAUUUGGAUAAAUUUGAAGAGUGUUAAAGAAAAAAUUGAUUCAAUUAAAAUGGAAAUAAUUGUAAAUAAAAAAAAAUUAAAAAAUGGUCGUAGUGUUAUACAAUUAGAAACUAGUAUUGGUGGUGCAAUUCGUAAUUUUGAACGUUCCCUGGCAGUUCAUGUUGAUAGGCAUCGUUUUUUACCAGUAAAAAAAACACAAGAUUUAAUGGCAAUAAUGUCAAAUCUUUAUACAAUGGAUGAAAAUUUUAUAUUAAGAUUGGUAAAAGAUAGACCUAUAAAAAUGGCUCCAACAAUAAAGUUAUCCUCUGAAUUUGAUUAUAUUUCUGAAUUUCAAAAAAGAAUACCAAAUAUGCCUAAUAUAAAAGAUUUAAUUAGAUUAACAAUUAAAGGUGAUGUUUCUUUUGGAAAAGAUGUCACCCUUAAGGGAGAUGUCAUAAUAAUAGCUGAUAAAAAUUCAUCUCUUCAUAUAACACAAGGUUCAGUUAUUGAAAAUAAAUUAUGUAAAGGAUCAUUUGAAUUAUUUGAAAAUUAA